UGUUACUCCGCUAAUAUGCCGAUAGCAGUUUUUAAGUUGUCCAAGCACCAUGAAAACAUGGCCAGGCGUACGCCGCCCAACCUAUCCAGCGUCCUGACGUUCCCUCAAGUUGCGAAAGUCAUAUUAAGUUGUCUGCCAGCAAAAACAAUCUACACAAGCGCAAGAUUAGUUUGCAAAACCUGGAACACUCAGGCUGAUGUUGUCCUGCAGAGAAGGAGGCAGUACUACUGGGACAUUUUUCAGCCAGAUCAAGAAAAAGAUGCUGAUGGAUGCUAUCAAAAGAUAAAAGACUUUUUUGAGAAACUUCCUGUGAGACCAGAACAUGUAAUUAUCUUCUGCAGCUCGAAGUUGUGGGAAAGUAAAAUUAGAUCUUUCAAGCAAGCUACAAAAGUGACAUUUUCAAAGGCCUUUCAAAGGCUGCUUCCAUUAAGAUGCAAAGUUUCAUGUAUCGUCACAGAUGGAGUAAUUGGUACAUCUUCAGACUUGAAACAGACUUUAGAAUUGGAGCAGAAUGAUGUCCAAGCAGCUUCUGUUUUGUGCUUUGGAAAACCCUCGGGACUGGAGCUUCGAAGUUUGAAACUGAAUUCUGCGAUAGCUACUGAAAUGAUGAAUCAUGUAAAGAGACAGAGAGGCAGCAUGCCUCAGGAGCUGGCUUCUGUGAGUAAAGAUCUAAAAACACUGCUGGCAUUCAGUGAGGAUUCCUGUGAAACAGAAAUUGGACAGACACUCUAUAAGGCACUUGGGGCCCCGCUGAUUGCUGGAGCCAUUGUCAAGACCCUGUCCAUGGGUCCAGCGCACAAAGACGAGGUGCUCAGUUGUCUGGGCUUCUGUGGUGCUGACAUCCAGACGGCAUCAGUUAUGUUUUCCAUGCAAGUGGACACUUCCGAAGAAGCUGAAAAGGUUGCUGCACGCUUGAGACAAAAAGUAGUAGGAAUGCCUUUAAAAAAUUCGAUUGCUUUCAUGUUUGCCUGUGUUGGAAGGGGAGAAUAUCAUUAUGGUUUACCCAGCGUGGAGUCCAGUGCUUUCCGCAAGUACUUCCCUGAUACACCACUACUUGGACUUUUUGGCAAUGGAGAAACAGGAUACGAGUUUCCCAUAGAGGGAGAUGUGGGUGACAUUCCACGUAUGUUUCAUGCCUACACCACAGCAGUAGUUUUGCUUUGUCUGCCAUGAUGCACAAUCUGUCAUCUACUGUUGUGAAUAACGCUCGUGUCUGGACAGUAAGGGUUUGGUGAAGAAACAGAAUUUAUUAAUAUUGGGCUUGGGUAGGCCAUUGAAGAAAAUGUUCACAAUAGACACAGACACACCAUAGCAAGCUAUAAUCACACAGCAUUUCAAAGUAUUAUGUAGUUGGAUUUAAUGUUAAUGAUAGUAAUGUUUUGUGACUUGAUGCCCAAGACACAUGAAGUUAUAUUAGGUACUGCUCCCAACUUAAUUACUUGUGGAUGAAUGAAGGAAUACAAAUUAUGCUGGAAAUGAAGAAAAGAAUGCAGCUCUUGGAGACAGCUCUUACUUGAUGACAGGACUGCACUUGAAGCUGCCAUUGCGAGGAACAAGAUAUUGUCUUUAGUGUUGAUAGUUAUUAUGAAUCAUACAUCUGUUGCAGAUGUAGAAGGAUUGAGGAGAAUUGGGCAAAUGAAGGAUAGUUAAAUCAUGAAUGGCAGAACAUUGUAUCAGGAUGGUGCUAAUUUUUGCGCAGCAAAUGUGAUGAAUAUAUUGUGAAACAGUGAAUUUAAAUAUUUGUUGUAAAAAAUAAAAUUAUGAUGAAUCAA